GGACCCAAUUAUCACGGCACGCAAAGCCAAACGAGCCGACAAGAAAGCCGAAUAUCUCCACCGGCCUCGGCCUGCCUCCUCUUCCGCACGGUUAGUUGAUCUGUGGCCAGUUGGUCGCGCGGCCUUGCUGUGCCUCGAUUUGUUUGAUUCCGUUCCUCGCUGCUCCUCGGUUUGAUUUGAUUGAUUCCGAGAGUAGCAGGUUGGUGGUGAUAAGGAAAGCGGAAAACGCACACCAUGGGAUCCAAAGAACCUCUCUUUCUCUUGCUCCUCUCGCUGCUUGUCGUCUCGGUGCUUGCACAAGCCAGGGAUGCUGAUAACGGCCCAGUCUACAAGGAACAAAUCUCUUCAACCAAGAUUCCUGUCCAUCGCAAGAGUAGUAGCCCAAUAUGCUCAGCCUGCGGAAACUUCACGAUUCAAGCUCUCAGUUAUCUCAGUGAGAAGCAAACACAAGAUAAGAUCAGGGAAUUCCUUCAUGAUGCUUGUUGUCAGUCAUUCUCCUUGGAACGGAAGCAGUGUGUAGAGUUGAUGGACUCUUAUGCAACUAUACUGUUUUCCAAGAUUACGGAGAUCAAUCCAAAAGAGUUUUGCAAACAGUAUGGCCUGUGCAGGGACAUAGCCCUUUUCUCUGGUGUGACAAGUGACAGCACUUGUGUGUUUUGCCGUCACCUGCUUGAUGAAAUUGUGUCCAAACUGAAAGAUCCAGACGCAGAGUUUGAGAUCAUUCAAAUUCUCAUUAAGGAGUGCAAUAAGAUUGAAGGUCAUGUCCAGCAGUGCAAGAGACUGGUCCUGCAAUACAUUCCUCUCAUCCUGGUGAAUGGUGAGAAGUUUCUCGAGAAGAACGAUGUGUGCGCGCUUUUGCAAGCGUGUCCGGCCAGCAAAGUCUUGGAAGGGGUGUUGCUCAGUGAUGCUUGAAGGUUGAAAGAACGCGCGAAGUAUGUAGCAAUGGUGCAAAUAGUGUGUACAAACUAGGGCGAGUUGUACAUAAUAAGGUCAUGAAUGGAUGAAGGAUGGGUAUCUCGUGUUUCUGCAUUCUUUUCAUCUUGUAUCGUGAACACAUUGUAUUAAGUAAACUUUCAUAUACAUCCAGAAAGUGCAGAUCGUGCAGCAUUAGUCAAAUGAAACAGCAGAUCGUGCAGCAUCA